GCGACUGGCCUCGCUCAACCUCAACCUCACACCUUUUCGCAUCUUUUUCCUUUCUCUUCUCCUUCAUCUUCUUCCUCCUCUUCCUUCCCCCCUCACUCGCCCUCUCCCCGCUUGUCUCAUAAUACCUACGCCGCCCCCGUCUUUUUCCUUCCUUGUUGCUCUUUUCUUGUCGCCUUUUCUUUCUUCUGCUCUCGCAGUCCUGCGCUUCCGCCGCCACCGAGCAUCAUGGAUCAGCUCAACAGCGAUAUGCUCGUGGACUCCGAGUAUGACGAGAAGCGCGACGACGUCGCCAUCAUCAAUCCUGAUGCUGACGAGUCCAUGGACGAUGCCGAGGCAGACUCGGAGCCAGAACCCCGCGCCGACGAAUACGAUGCCUUCAUGAAAAAGCACAUGCCCGAGCUGCCCGACCAGGAGACGGAGGCUGAGGCACACCACACAUGGGAGAUCAAGGAAUGGCGGACACUGAGUAGGCGAGAACACGGUCCUGUCUUCGAGUGCGGAGGCAAUCCCUGGCGGAUUCUCUUCUUCCCUUAUGGCAAUAACGUUGACUAUGCCUCGUUCUAUCUCGAACAGGGCUACGAGGAAAAGAAGGUUCCCGAUGACUGGUACGCCUGCGUGCAGUUCAUGUUGGUUCUCUGGAAUCCAAAUGAUCCGACCUUGUUUACCACCCAUUCUGCCACCCACCGCUUUACCGCCGACGAAGGCGAUUGGGGUUUCACCCGCUUCGCAGAGCUUCGCCGACUCUUUGCCUCGGAUUUCGACGGCCGCGGCCGUCCUCUAGUGGAGGACAACGCCGCCAACGUCACCGCGUACAUUCGUGUUCUCAAGGACCCCACCGGCGUCCUAUGGCACAACUUCAUUAAUUAUGACUCCAAGAAGGAAACUGGCAUGGUGGGUUUGAAAAAUCAAGGUGCAACAUGUUAUCUCAAUUCCUUACUCCAAUCCCUGUAUUUCACAAAUGCGUUCAGGCGGGCAGUCUAUCAGAUUCCCACCGCCGAAGAGACCGAUCGGUCAGGAACCAGCGCGUACGCUUUGCAACGACUUUUCUACCUCCUCCAGACCUCGGGAACCGCUGUCGCCACCACGGACCUGACCCAGUCGUUUGGCUGGGACUCUAAGCAGAUUUUCGAACAGCAAGAUGUCCAGGAAUUAUCGCGCGUCCUCAUGGACAAGCUGGACGAGAAGAUGAAGGGUACAGAUGCGGAGGGCGCACUGGAGAAGAUGUUCGUCGGAAAGAUGAAGACUUACAUCUCGUGUAUCAACGUCGACUACGAAUCUUCUCGGAUAGAAGACUUUUGGGACAUCCAGUUGAACGUCAGUGGCAACAAGAAUCUCGACGACAGUUUCAAAGACUACAUCCAGGUCGAAACCAUGGACGGAGAGAACAAGUAUUUUGCCGAGGGCCACGGUCUGCAGGACGCGAAAAAGGGCGUCAUCUUUGAGUCUUUCCCGCAGGUCCUUCAUCUGCAGUUGAAGCGUUUCGAAUAUGACAUCAACCGGGAUGCCAUGAUGAAGGUCAAUGAUCGCUACGAAUUCCCUGAAAUAUGGGACGCAUCGCCCUACCUCUCCGACAAUGCCGACCGAUCGGAACCUUACAUAUAUCAUCUCCACGGCGUGUUGGUGCAUAGCGGAGAUUUGAACGCCGGCCAUUACUAUGCUUUUCUGAAACCCACCAAGGAAGGCCAUUUUUACAAAUUCGACGAUGAUCGAGUGACCCGUGCUACGAAGCGGGAAGCUCUUGAGGAAAACUUUGGAGGCGACUAUACUCAGGUGAAUGGGAACGUCGGCCAGCGCAACCCGUAUACACGUACGUGGUCUGCUAAGCGAUCUAUGAGCGCCUACAUGUUGGUCUAUAUCCGCGAAAGCAGGUUGGACAACAUGCUCCUUCCAGGCAUCCCCGUCGACGCGCCGACCCAUCUUGCAGAACGGAUUGCGGAGGAGCGAAUUGCAUUCGAGCGGAGGCGUAAAGAGCGGGAAGAGGCGCAUCUCUACAUGGAUAUCCAAGUGGCAUCCGAAGCCAAUUUCCAGGCUUACCAGGGUUUCGAUAUCGUUCCUUGGAAAGCCGAGACCGAGUCCCCCGCCAAUCCCAAGCAUUAUCGCAUACUCCGCGCAACGACGAUGGCCGAGUUUUGCACCACGGUUGCGUCCGAUCUGGGCCUCGAAAAUGACAUGAUCAGGCCAUGGGCAAUGGUCAACCGUCAAAACGGCACCGUUCGCCCUGACGUUGCGAUCGCUUUCCCGGACAUGACGGUCGAGGAAGCCUCGAGCAAGUUCGGUACAAAGACUGCUCAAUUCAAGCUAUGGGUCGAGAAGGCCGAAUCGCGUGAUGAUGAUGGCACUCCAAUCUUUGGUGACAAAUCGAUCGAAUUGAAGGCACUGUCUGGGAAUAGACCUCUCAUGCUCUUCCUCAAGCAUUUCGAUGCCAAAUCACAAACUCUGUAUGGCGUUGGAAAUGUCUAUGCGGCAUUCCACGACAGGGUCUGCGACAUUGGUCCCCAAAUCCUGAAAGCACUAGAUUGGCCCGCUGGAACCAACUUCAAGCUUUCUGAAGAGAUCAAAAUGAACAUGAUAGAAGCGAUGAAGCCCAAGGCAACAUUAGGGCAGUCAGAGAUUCAGGAUGGAGACAUCGUCACUGUACAACGCACCCUCACCGAGAAAGAAACCGCUCAAAUCACUGCCACCGGCGGUUGUGUCGAGGCGAAAGAUUUCUACGAUUACUUACUCAACCGUAUCACGGUCGAAUUCCUCCCGAAAUCUGCUGAUCCCGACAGCUCUGAGACAUUCACUUUGACCCUCAGUAAGAAGAUGACCUACGAUCAGCUUGCAGCGAAGGCCGCCGAGCACCUAGGCAUCGAGCCUACGCAUGUUCGUUUCACAACCGUGACCGCUUCUGGCAAGCCCAAGGCGCCAAUAAAGUCGAGCCCGCAAGCCACACUGAACCAGAUUCUCCUUCCUGGUCCCUAUACCUACUCGACUACAUCGGCGCAAAAGCCAGACGCUCUCUUCUAUGAAGUCCUAGAUAUGAGCUUGAAGGAGCUAGAGCAAAGGAAAGCGAUGAAGGUGAUAUGGCUACCAGAGGGCCUGACGAAAGAGGAGGAAUAUACGUUGAUGAUCCCUCGCGCAGCUCACGUUUCGGAUUUGAUAGAAGCACUUGUCAAGAAGGCCAAUCUUAGUGAAGAGGUCGCUAGUCGUGUGCGCAUUUAUGAGGCGCAUGCGAGCAAAUUCUACAAAGCCCUCUCUCCUGACUUCCAGAUCAUGGGCAUUGGCGACUAUCUUACAAUUUACGCCGCCGCUUUCCCUGACGACCAGGCGGCGAAGAAGAUUAGCGUCUUCCAUUUCGACAAAGAAAUCACCAAAGUUCACGGAGUUCCUUUCCAGUUUCCUUUGAAGGAAGGAGAACUCUUCAGCGAAACGAAACAGCGACUCUCGGAUUUUACCAAGAUCAAAGGAAAGAAUUUCGAGAAGAUCAAAUUCAUGGUCACGGGCAAGCCACAUUUUUCAAAACCUGAGCCUCUCGAAGAUGAGGAUAUCCUGUGGGAUAUGGUGGGUACUCGUGACGAUGUCGCCCUUGCCAUGGACCACGUCAACAAGGCCAAGAGCUUCUGGGGCAAGACGGAUUCCAUCUUCAUACGAUGAGAGUCCUAGCGAAUAUCGAAAACCAUUAUUCCUCAUUAUGAUGUAUCUCAUCCACUAUGAUCCCACCAAGUAGCUAGACCGUCGUUUGAUGUUUCUAGUG